UACAUCGUAUAAAUAUCCAAAUAUCACAAAAUUUAUUAUCACCCAAAAAUCAUUCAUCAAAAUCUCUCAAAUCUCUUUGAUCUCUCUGUUGAUGACCAUGGAAUACAGAACCCUAGAACUCAACAUAAUUUCUGCAAAAGAUCUCAAAGAUGUUAAUCUCUUCUCCAAGAUGGACGUAUACGCUGUCGUUUCAAUCACCGGCGAUCCUCUCAACCCACAAACCGCCACUACCCACAUCCACCGUAACGGCGGAACAAACCCUACCUGGAAUUUCCCUGUCAAAUUCACCGUCAAUGAUUCUCUCGCUAAUCAGAAUCGUCUAUCUAUUGAAAUCAAACUCAUCUCCGAUCGUAAGGUUGCCGGAGAUACCGUGAUCGGUACGGUUCAUAUGCCGCUCAAGGAGCUUCUUGAUAACCCUUCCGGAGAUUCUUUAAGGCAGGUUAGUUAUCAGGUUAGGACAAGCUCAGGGAAAUCGAAGGGGACGUUGAAUCUCUCCUACAAAUUUGGCGAACAUGUCGGAGCUCCGGCGAUUAAGUCGGAGGUGAAAAGUGAAAAGGUGAAAGGGAAACAUGAAUCGGAACCAGUGAUGGCUUAUCCUCCACCUGGAGUGGCGGCAGGGUCUAGUUCUGUUCCGUAUGGCACACCCUAUCCUCCACCGCCACAAACUGCUGGAUAUGGAUAUCCACCACCGGCAGCAGCAGCAGCUUACGGUGGAUAUCCACCUGCUCAACAGGGUUAUGGAUAUCCACCACCACAACAGGGUUACGGAUAUCCACCGCAACAACAACCGGGUUACGGGUACCCACCGCAACAACAACCGGGUUAUGGAUAUGCAGGGGCACAGAAGCCAAAGAAGAAUAAAUUUGGGAUGGGUUUGGGAGCAGGGUUGCUUGGAGGUGCAUUAGGAGGGAUGUUGAUUGGUGAUAUGGUUUCUGAUGCUGGUGCUUAUGAUGCUGGAUAUGAUGAUGGCUUUGAUGCUGGUGGUUUUGAUGGUGGUUUUGAUUUUUAAUUUCUUAAGGAUUAUUUUGUUUUGGUAUAUGUUUUUUGUUUUUAUUUGAGGUUGCUUUUUGGUGUUUCAAAUUGAAGCUAACUUGAUGUAUAUUUAGCUUUUUAAAUAUGAAUAUACUUUUCAUUUUCA